GCUUGAACUGCUUAGAGUAUUCAAAAUGGCCAAUAAUAAGGUUGAUGUCACCAGAUCCUCGGAGUUGGAUGAGGCAACGGGGGGCCGGACUGAAGGAAUGGUUCGGAAGGGAGCUAUUAUCGACAAGUCGGAUCAGUUGUGUGCAUUAGUCAUGUGCGCCGAGCCACAUUCCUGCUCGGCUGUUCACCAUCACGGUGAGCAGGAUACUAUCGUCUAUGCCGCAAAGGGCCAUGGUUCCAUUGUAUUCGAUGGGGGAAAGCAGCGCAAAGACCUCUCCCCAGGUGACUUUGCUAUCAUUCCUGCUUACACUGAGCACCAGGAGAUGAACCAAUCAGACCAGGAUGUCGAAUGGGUUAUCACUAGAGCAGGAAGAAAGCCGAUCACGGUGAACCUGGAAGGUUGGUCUGAUGCUUCUAGCUGAGGGCUGGUCUUUGCC